CACACCCACACCCUAGCUAUUUUUAAUUUAACUGUUUCAUUUACUUUAAUAUUUUGCCAUGUUUCUUUAUUUUUCUUUCUCUUUUAUAACUUAUAACAAUAGCUAAUAAUAUCAUAAUUAUAACAACAAUGACAACUUCAUUUAUAACAACAAUAACAACGACAACAUCAAUUUAAUUCCUAGUAUCGUAUUAUCUUUUCGUAAAUUUAAUUUCAUUUAAUUCUAAUAAAUUUCACAAUGUGAUUCCUGAGGAUGUGUUCAGUUCGAACACGGAAGCUCGAAUCCCCUUCUUUUAUUUCUGUCUGAAAUAAUUUUAAUCUAAAAUGAUCUUUGCAGCAAAUGGAAAAUGAUUUAAUAAAGAUUACAACAAUUGAAAUAAAUCCAAAUGAAAUGCACAAUAUUUUAAAACAAAUAUUGGAUAUAUUUAAACAACAUGUUUUAGUAUUUUAUUCAACAGUUAAACGUCUUGAAAAAGUUGAACAAACAACAAAUGAAUUAAUUGAACAAAUGAAAGAUAUUAAUUCGAAACAAAAUAUUACUGAUGGUCUUCUCAUAGCCAAUGAAAUUGCAAGACAUUCAUCAUGGGAGAAAGUCUGUGAUAGACUUGCUGCAGUUGAAGCAGAAAUUGAUGAUAGAGCUUUAGAUGCCUCAGAAAAAGGUUUAACAAUUCCAUAUGAAACUUUAUAUAAAGAUUUAAUUAAUUAUUUACAACCUUGA